CGUGUUUGUCAUUUUAAUGUUCUGUAAUAAUUUUGCUGAAUUUAAAAUUAUAUCUUUUUUAUUUUAAACUUUCUACACCUUUAUUUUUUUAAAGUUCUUAAAUAAUAUAGUCAUUUCUUAUGUUAGUGGAUCGUUCUAUAGGGAAUUGUUGUUGGAGAACUUUAUCUUUAAUUAUUUUGUUAUCUUUGCCCUUUGCACUGGCAUAACAGGGUGCCGAUUCCGCAUAACCUGUCUAUUCAUUUCGUGAUAGAUAAAACAUCUACAGUUAUUAGAUUUCCUUCGCCAUGGCUGCAGCCUGUAGAUUGUUUGGUACCCUUGAAAAGUUAUCUGUUUCCAACAUCAAAAAGUUCAGUUUGCCAGCUACUUCAUAUAUAUCCAAAAGAAAUUACAAUGCAGAGGCCACACCUUAUGGAAAACAUACGAAAACGAAAAUUGUCAAUGAAGUCUGUGUCAUCACACUCGACACCCCUGGUGCUAAGGUGAACUCACUCAGCAAGGAAGUGAUGGAGGAGCUGGCGCAGGCAGUAGAGAGUGUACAGCGCAACCCCACAGUCAAGGCGGGGGUGUUGAUCUCAGGCAAGCCAGGCUGCUUCAUCGCAGGGGCUGACAUCGGCAUGCUGGAGAGCUGCAAGACCUACGACGAGGUGUUGACCAUCUCACGCGAGGGACAGCGCAUACUCAGCCGGGUGGAGGAGUCCAGCAAACCCAUCGUGGCAGCCAUCAUGGGCUCUUGUCUGGGCGGCGGACUCGAGGUUGCCCUUGCGUGUCACUACCGUAUCGCAGUGAAGGACCGCAAAACAGGGCUGGGACUGCCCGAGGUGAUGCUUGGUCUGUUGCCGGGUGGAGGCGGGACCCAGAGGCUGCCCAGACUAGCCGGCAUCCCCUUGGCACUCGACCUUGAACUGACUGGCAAGACAGUGAAGGCAGAUAAGGCGAAGAAAAUGAGAAUAGUCGACCAGCUGGUGGAUCCUCUUGGACCUGGCUUGGGAAGCCCUGAACAGAGGACUAUAGAGUAUCUAGAGGAAGUAGCAGUGCAGAGCGCAGCAGCUAUUGCUGAUGGAAAGUUGAAGAUUGAGAGGAAUAAGGGAAUGAUGGACAAAGUGAUGUCUGCUGCUUUCCAACUUGACUUUGUCAAAGACAUGGUGUUCAAGAAAGCUAAAGAUCAGGUCAUGAAGUUAACCGGUGGCUUGUAUCCUGCCCCUUUGAAGAUCCUGGAAGUAAUCAGAACAGGAGUGGACAAAGGCCCCCAGGCAGGUUAUGAGGCAGAGAGUAGAGGGUUUGCGGAACUAGCCAUGACUCCACAGAGCAAGGGACUGAUGGGGCUGUUCCGGGGGCAGACUGAGUGCAAGAAGAACAGAUUUGGAGUACCUAAGACUGAAAUUAAGACUGUGGCAGUAUUGGGAGCUGGACUGAUGGGUGCUGGUAUCGCUCAGGUGUCAGUGGACAAAGGAUACAACGUCAUCAUGAAGGACACAACUGAACCUGGACUGUUGCGAGGUCUGGGACAAAUAUACAGUGGUCUGGACGGACAGGUCAAAAGGAAAAGGAUUGACGCAUUGGAGAGGGACAGGUUCAUGGCCAACCUGGACACAACGCUGGACUACAACAAGUUCAAGAAGGCAGACAUCGUGAUAGAGGCUGUGUUUGAAGACAUCAAGAUCAAGCACAGAGUGAUACAAGAGCUGGAGCAGGUGGUUCCUCCUCACUGUAUCAUUGCCUCCAACACCAGCGCCAUCCCCAUCACCAAGAUAGCUGAGGCCAGCAAGCGGCCAGACAAGGUUAUCGGGAUGCAUUACUUCUCCCCGGUAGACAAGAUGCAGCUGCUGGAGAUCAUCGCUACAGACAAGACGUCACAGGACACAGCGGCUGCCGCUGUAGCUGUGGGACUCAAGCAAGGCAAGGUAGUCAUCACAGUCAAGGAUGGUCCUGGCUUCUACACCACUCGUAUUCUCACCACCAUGGCCUCCGAGGGACUUAGACUGCUCCAGGAAGGAGUGGACCCUAAGGAUCUUGACAAGAUGACCAAGAAGUUUGGUUUCCCCGUGGGAGCGGCAACACUCUCAGACGAGGUGGGAGUGGACGUGGGUGCUCACAUCGCGGCUGACCUCGGCAACAUCUUCGGCGAUAGGUUUGCUGGCGGAAGUGUUAAUGUGCUCAAGGACAUGGUGGAUGCUGGUUUCCUAGGACGCAAGUCUGGCAAAGGAUAUUUCAUCUACAAGAAGGGCACUAAGGACAGGCCCGUCAACGAUGGUGCUCUGAACAUUCUGAAGAAGUACAAACUGACGCCACCCAGCCCACAGAGUGAAGAAGACAUGCAGUUGAGAAUGGUGUCGAGAUUUGUCAACGAAGCUGUAUUGUGCCUUCAGGAGGGAAUACUCAACGGACCCGUUGAGGGAGACAUUGGUGCUGUGUUCGGACUCGGGUUCCCUCCAUUCACCGGAGGUCCGUUCCGCUGGGUGGACGCCUACGGAGCACACAACUUGGUAGACAAGAUGCUCAAGUUCCAGUCGGAGUAUGGGUCCCCAUUCACUCCAUGCCAGCUGCUGCUCGACCACUCCAAGGACCACAACAAGAAGUUCUACCCGAAUUAAGAAUUAAGACUGAUUCAUAAGAUUGUCUUGCAUGUAAAGGUGUGUUGUCCAUCAUCAGCAUUAUUUUGUAAACCGUGCCUCUUCUUAUCUUAUAUGUAUUUUAUUUAAUGUAAUCUUGUAAUGUAAUGUUGUUAAAAUCUUUUAAAUACAUUUAUAUUGUUAUUUUCUUA